CGUUUUCAAAUUAAAUAAUUUGCCCAUUCGUCCUUCGAUUCUGACUUGUCGUGGGUUAUAUUGUACAGUUGUCGAAAGUCAAUAGAAAACCUCCAUACGCCAUUCUGGGUUUUCAUUUACAGCUAUAUACUGCAAUGGAAUAUUUGGAGAAUGCACCAUUAGAACCUGGAUGUCCUACCUUCGAAGUAACGCUCUUUUCUAAAUAUAUUGCCGUAGCGGUCAGUCAUAAAGAAACUUGGUGCUCGGGUUAUAGAUUCUGUAAUGAAAUGGCCUCAACCAAGCGUUCUUGGUAAACUUUGGCACUCCUGGUCUCGAAAUAAAGGUACCGCAAAUCAUUCAUCAACGCCUACAUUCUACGUGUUAAAUUGUGUGAAGAUUUUCGAACCAAACGUUUGGGAAGCCCAUAACUUCAACACUGUAAAUUCAUUGCAUUCUGGAUUGACUAAUCAUGUAUCAAAUGUUAAUCUUUUCGGUCCUCCUGAAAGGAGCCCUAGUAUUUAUCUGAUUGUAGGCGUUUUAAUGCUGUUUGGGUUAUGGUUUACAUCCAUGCUGACCAUUUGCUUUGUUCGUAUUCUUUUAAAACCUGGAAAAUCAACUCUUAAACAUGAUGGUUUAUUAAAGAGUCAAAAGAUUCUACAAGCACUUGAGAAAAACUUAUCCCAUCAGGUAGAAACUUAUGAUUUAAAAUCGCUUAAUGUUAUUAGUUCAUAUGACAAUAAUGAUAAUUCAGAUCAUCUAAAUUGGAAUGAAGUCAACAAAAUUCUUGGCCAGUCGAAAAUCAAUAUGUUUUUCUCCAAUACUCAGUUAUCAGCACUUGUUAGUUUGCUUCACGAAAGUUACAUUAUAGAAACAAAAUAUCUAUUAGAAAAAAUCAGUGGAACUGCUCAAAAGCUUUCAGUUGCCGAAGAUCUAUAUAUCAAAACACAAACCAAGAAAUGUCUGUUAAUAUUUCCAUGUUACAGCAAGAAAUGUAUAGAUAAAGAAAUGUAUAUGGUAAUGAAUAGAGUAAAAAAUAAGGUUUCCGAUCUAAAACAUGAAGUAAUAACUCAUAACAGACGAUGGCGUUGCAUUUUAGCGGUUUUACAUAACUCAUGUACUAGUUUUGCUGGGUUCUAUAAUGUAAAUGAUAUUUCAACCAGUUCAGACUCUUUCAAAACAACCUUCGAAUGUAAGGAGUCAGAAAAUCCUGAACAAGUUCAGUCAUUUUUUAAAGAUACUUGUGACAGUAAAAACGAAAGUCAUGAGAAGUUGGAUAAUUUCGCUACCGAAUUUUUCGAAAAUAAAAAUAAAUUCAUUUCACCUGGUGAGAACGAAUCAGUCACUGGGAUGUGUAAUAUUGAUGAGGAUUUUCCUGGGUAUCCCAGAAAUAUAUCGAUAAAUGAUGUUCCUGAUUCUUAUGGUGAUAAUCCACAGAUGGUCGAUGCAAAUAAACAAAACUACUCUAAUCUACAUUCUACAAAAAUUCCUACUUUCAUCCAUUUUUCGCUUUCAUCUCAGAAAACAUCUAGAAAGUGGAAGUCUGGUUGUGUUCAAAAGAAGCAUAUUUUCCAGCAUGUAUAUGGAAGCGGAUUAUCUGCUCUUUCAACCAAACACCGCUCUGGCAAUAUUUCUCAAAAUGGGAAAUUAAGAAUACCGUUUGAAGGUUUUACUAACACUACUAACCCUGCCGAUGGAAUACGAAAACCCGAGUCAAUUAAACUUUAA